AUGGCCAAGAUCCAGCUUUGCGGAUGCGGUGGAGUGGGCGACGAGGACCUGCCGAGCGCGGCGUGUGUUGAUGGGAUCGUAUUGGCCGGUGAUUCCUUCGCUUCGCAGACAGUAAUUAUGGCUCGGCUUUUCGCAAACUCUGAGUGCGAGACGGUGGUCUGCGUGGAAGCAAGGCAAAAGACGAGUGCCUCGACGCUUCAAUUCAUCAUGCCUUGGACUGGCCUUUCCACCCCUCCUGAUUACAUCACUUCUGAGAGACGUCCUUCAUGCGGAGACAAACCGCCUCCACAGACACGGGCUAAUUUCCGCAGAUCGCCCAUCCAGACUAACCGACAGCCCUACCUCCUCGCGCCAAGUCCCGUUACGCAUCCGCUUUAUCCAGACCCAGAUACGGUGUCAGUUACGCAGUACACCGCAACCAUCUCGUUCGCCUCGCAGGCCUCGUCAUCUUCGUGUUUUGCCGUUCCGAAUCGAAAACGAUCGCUCGCGACGACAGCGACUUGUCGGCAAACAAUACCUGGGGCCGAGUGCCAGUAUCUCUGCUGCCGGUCGGGACUCUGGCUCAAUGCAGGAGGACCUUUGAGCUUCUGA